AUGCGAGAACAACAAUCCAUUCAAGCCGCAUUUUACAAGUUGGAUGAUAAAAGUAAGCAUGAAUAUCGGGUUUGGUUAAACGCUUCAAUCGAUGUGGUAAGACUUCUCUUGAAUCAAGGUUUUGCAUUUCGUGGUCAUGACGAGAGUGAAUCGUCAUUGAACAAGGGUAAUGUUCUUGAAGUUAUUUCUUGGUUAGCUGGUAGAUGUGAUGCAAUUAAACUUUUUGUGUUAGAAAAAGCUCCAAAAAAUAAUAAAAUGACUUCUCAUGACAUCCAAAAAGAUAUUGUGUCUGCGUGUAAGAUUGAAACAAUUAAGGCUAUAAUAGAGGAUAUAAAUAGUGAUUACUUUGCUUUAUUGGUUGAUGAAUCUAGAGACGUGUCACGCAAAGAGCAAUUGACUAUUUGUCUAAGAUAUGUUGACAAACUGGAGUUUGUGAUGGAGACAUUUAUUGGACUUGUUCAUAUUAAAGAUACUAGUGCUUUAUCUCUAAAGAAAGCAAUUGUAGAUGUACUUGCUCACCAUUCUUUGACUUUAUCUAAUGUACAUGGGCAAUGUUACGAUGGGGCAAGCAAUAUGCAAGGUGAUCUAGGUGGUCUUAAAACGUUGAUUAGACAAGAAAGUAAAUCGUCUCAUUCUGUUCAUUGUUUUGUUCAUCAACCUCAAUUGACUCUUGUUGCGGUUUCUAAAAAGUGUGUUCAACAUCUUCAAAUGGCAUUGGAUGAACUAGAAACGGGUAGAGGGUUGAAUCAAGAACUUGGUCUUGUUAAAGCCUGUGAUACUCAUUGGGGAUCUCACUACAAGUCAUUUGGAAACUUUAUUAGAAGCUUUGACUCUAUUGUUGAUGUACUUGAUACUCUUGUUGAAAAUGCAAGUACUUUGGAAGAAAAAGCAAGCGCAUCGGAAUUUCUCAGAAGUUAUCAAACAUUUGAGACUAUUUUCUUGUUGCAUUUGAUGACAGAUGUUUUAGGAAUCACAAAUGAUCUUAAUGUUUCAUUACAGAAAAAAGAGCAAGACAUUGCAAAUGCCAUGAUUCUUGUAAAGGUAGCAAAGAGAAGGUUGCAAGCUUUAAGAAAUAAUGAAUGGGAUCCUCUCUUAAAAAAAAAUAUUGGAUGGGAUUCACUUAAAGAAAAGGUAGACACAUUUUGUAUCAAGCAUGGCAUUUCAUUACCCAAUUUUGAUGAUCCAUAUGCUAAUUUUGGGAGAUCACGACGUAAAGUAGUUAUUUGUACUACUUUGCAUCAUUAUCGUGUGGAUGUGUUUUAUAAAAUCAUUGAUUGGCAACUACAAGAACUUAAUGAUCGUUUCAAUGAGGUGACAAGUGAUUACUUAAUGGAGUAUCUUGCUUGA